CAUGAAUUAGUUUUUGCUUUUGGUGUCGUUUUUUUCUCAUCGGCUUGCCUGUUUAGGUGAGGCUUCAUGCAUGCAGUGUCCGCCUCACCUUUGAUGGCCCAUCAAAAACGCCAGCGUGGGGGGGAGGACACACACAGUAUCACAUGACUGUAAAUAGAUCCAGGUCAUAUCGACCUGCUUAUUCCGUACCUGCAACAUCGUUCAUGACUUGCAUGAAAAACACUGCAUGACUUUUGUCAGUCAGACCCUGCAGCCUUCCAGCCCUGUUUUCGUCAAGUUCAAAGUGUAUGUGUAUCACGUGAUUGACAUACUGCCAUAUGGCUUUCUUGUCUCCUGUCUCCCAUCCAAACACCAGUGCACCAUGGAAUAGAAGAGGAGCUUGAACUUGAUAUAGCACACAUACCUUUUAUCACGUUUUCCUCGGCGUCGAAUGGAUUCAUACUAGUAAACCCUGAGAUUUAUUGCUCCUAAAAGGCACCACGCAGCAAUAUCAAAGCAUCUUGUUACUGAUGAUGGCUUUGACUGACCAUGGUUUUGAUAAACUUCAUCGACUUUCUUGUGAAUAUCAGGUGACCAACGACGGAUACAUAGCAAGGGGGAUAAGAUUAAUGAAACCCCUCAUCACCCCGCUCUCGAUAACAUCCUAAUCGGAUAAAGGUGAAAGGCCUAGAAUUCCUUCGAUUCCCUCGCCCUCAAGGUUCAACAAAUAUAUAAACACAAGUAUAUUUGGCCGAUAGCCUUAUAUUCUCCGAUCGAUCGAUUGGCCUAACCCCGUUUUGGCGCCGCGGACCGUCCUUCCGAGAGCUCCGCAGGUAAGAGAUAGAGGCUUCUUAUAUGAGUCUCGAAGAAGCCACCUGACUUCUUCUGUCUGUAAAAUCUCUCAUAUAUCCGUUGCUCCUCUCAAUUGCGCUUCCCUCGACGACCCUCGAAAGCAACCUUGAUCGAAUUGCACUGUUAUCGGCCACUCGAUCAAAAUUGCGACCCAAGGCCGUCAGAGCUAGAGAGAAGCCUCAAGAUAAGACACGCUCAGCCCGUCCAACAACAUGCCGGAAUUACAGAGAUGGGAAAUUCAGGAGCCAUACCUCAGGCCCAAUGGUGACCUCCUUGAAGGCCCAUUUUACGAGCCCGAAAACAACCGCCUCCGUUUCGUCGACAUCAUCCAACGCAAGCUCCACGUGAUUGAUAUCGCCGAAGGGCCGACAUCGCUCAAGACCAUCGACUUUGAUAUCCCAGUUGGCGUUACGGCAGAUAUUGAGGGCGUCGAUAGCAAGGAUAAGAUCCUGAUAGGCGGAAAGACUGGAAUUGCGAUCCUGGACCGGAACACAGGGAAGUACGAAUAUAUCAAGAAGUUCUACGAUGACGUGGAUGAGGCUCGAGAUGAUCGGAUGAGGAGUAACGACGGGAACGUCGAUUCCGAGGGCCGAAUGUGGAUCGCGACCAUGACUGAUUUCCACGCUGGACCGUGUAAACCAGAGGGGCACCUUUUAAGCUUCGACUCCAACCUCAACCGCGCAUCGCACCGCUCCGAACUCGUCAUCCCCAACAGUGUCGGCUGGUCCCUCUCCAAUACCACCUUCUACCUCGUACACUCCACAGAGGCCACUAUCUACGCCUACGACUUCGACGCUGCCACUGGUGCUAUCAGCAACCCACGCGUUUUCUGGAAGCUCGAUACUGGCUCUGAACCCGACGGAUUUGCCAUCGACGUCGAAGGCUACAUCUGGCAGGCCGUGUACGGUGAUGGCAAGGUGCUGCGUAUCAGUCCUGAGGGCAAGACGGUGGGCGAGAUCAUACUGCCGACGCGUAACGUGACGUGCUGUGCGUUCGUGGGUGAAGACCUGUGGAUCACGACGGCGAGCGAGUCCGCUGAGAAUGCGAAGUUGUACCCUGAGAGUGCGCGGAACGGGGGCGCGCUCUACAAGAUCAAUGUUGGCAUCACAGGGGUGGAUAAGCACAAGUUCAAGUUGACUGAGGAGACGAGGAAGACAGUUGGCCUAUGAAUUUUCUCAGAUGAGGUGGGUGAAGGGCUAGGUAUUCUUGUUUCAUAGUGAACACAAUUCCAGCUGUUGCAGUUGCUAUCUCGCGCUGGUGUAAUUUGCCCUUUUCUUGACUCCAUUUCCGAGUCCGAGUAACUUAUGUAUUAA